ACUGUCUAUUGUAAGCUUCAUUUACAACUAUCCUCAGUUAUAGCUGAUCUGCCUUCGAUUAAAGAUGCACGAGCACGGAGAAUACAUAUUCUAUGGAGGUGCACUAAUCGGUAGUAUUGAUUGCGGUUGUUCCUCUCUCGGAUCCCUUAUACUGAAACGUUUGGAGCACAAUGGAAACGAUAUAGCGUUUAUAGAUGCAAUAUCGGGAAAAUCAAUAAGGUACGAUCAACUGUUACACCAAGUACGGAUACUCUCUCAACGACUGAGGAGUUAUGGUAUUGGAAAAGGUUCCAUAGUGGCUAUCAUGAGUGAAAAUCGUACUGAAUUUCCAGUCACUGCUCUCGGAAUUAUCUGCGCUGACGCUAUCGUUAUGCCACUCAAUCCCAAUUACACAGCAACAGAACUGCAUCAUGUUCUAAAUCUCACGAAUCCUCAGAUAAUAUUCGCCUCAAUGAAAGCCAUGAAUACAUUACGAACUCUUACUUCACAGCAUCCCUGUAUACAGCUAUACGUCUCCUUCGACAACUAUGAAGCCAAUUCCCAAAUUAUGCUUUUCAAAGAGUUACUCAACCACACAGGAAGUUACAUAGCAAACUUACCCGAGCCAGCUGUUCUUAAGAACGAUGUUGUUCUGAUGGUGCUUUCCUCCGGUACGACCGGUCUUCCGAAGGCCGUCCAACUGACACACUACAACGUGAUGACGGUGAUCGCCUACAUGCGGGAAGAUCCACGCUACACCCAACUAUCCGUACCGAUUCGCUUGCUCGGACUACUUCCUUUCUACCAUGUGUAUGGUUUCAUGCUAACGCUAAAUGUUUCUUGCAAUCGCUACCCCAUGGUGGUAUUGUCCCGCUUUGAACCAGAUCUGUUUCUACGUAGUAUUCAAGACUACCGAAUUACAAUGGCUAACUUGGUACCGCCACUGGUAGUAUUCCUCGCCAAAUAUCCUGCUAUCGAACGUUAUGAUCUAAGUUCUCUUCGUGCAAUUCUUUGCGGUGCAGCACCUCUCAGCAAAGAUAUUGAGGAUCAAGUGUUAAAACGACUGCCGCACGUUCAAUCCAUCCGAACCGCGUACGGAAUGAGUGAAGCAUCGUUGGGGGUGAUCUCAAAAGUUAACGACAAACCUGGUAGCGUAGGUCGUGUUCACAAGACGAGCUGGGUUAAAAUCAUUGAUCUUGAUAGCGGAAAGAUAUUGGCACCGUACGAAGUAGGUGAAAUAUGCAUUAAAGGACCGCUGGUAAUGAAAGGUUACUACAGAAACGAAGAAGCUACCAAAGCGACGAUAGAUGAGCAAGGUUGGCUCCACAGCGGUGACACAGGCUAUUUCGACGACGAAGGUGAUUUCUUUAUCGUGGAUAGAAUCAAGGAUCUGAUUAAGUACAAUGGUUUUCAAGUGGCUCCGGCAGAGCUGGAAAAUGUACUGCUAAGCCACCCCGCGAUCAAAGAUGCGGCCGUUGUGGGAUUGCCUGAUGAUGUUUGUGGUGAACUUCCGACAGCAUUCGUCGUUCAACAGGAAGAUAAGUCGCUGUCCGAGGAAUGUAUCAAACGAUUUGUAGCAUCCAAGUUAUCUCCCCAGAAACAUCUUCGCGGGGGUGUACAUUUCGUUGAGGAAAUACCGAAAACUGGGAGCGGAAAGAUACUGCGCCGCGAGCUUCGCAACAUCUUAUCUCAGAAAGCAAAGGCAAAGUUGUAGAUAAGAUGAAUGAGGUUUUCGUUGAAAUCAGAACGGUGUAGAGAUAGUAAAUAACAAACAACAUCCUUUGCCUAAUUUUGUGCGGAAAUUUAAAUAUUUAAUCUAGUGAGUUAAAGUUUAAAACAAUAAAUAAUAUACAAUAUCAUUUAAUUUCUGUGUAACGCGCGUAAGUAUUAGGAUUAACUUGUUCAAUUUAACGGUUUUUUAACAACGCUUUGUGGUGAAUUCAGGGUCCUGCACUCGAAGUUUAACCAAUCGGAAAGGCCAUAAAUUAGGUUUGGGAAAUUAUUUUUUUUUACUUUAAAGAGCAGAAUGUAUGAAAUUAUAGA